AUGGACGCCUCCUCCCUUCUUAUCUCCAAGUUCGAUGGAACUAACUUCCACGCCUGGAAGUUCAAGAUGCAGAUGGUGCUGGAGGAACGGGACCUAUGGGAGGUCGUCAGCGGUGAGAUCAAGGCGGAACAGUGCGAGACUCAGUUGGACCAAGCGACGUACAAGAGGAAGUCAAGAAAGGCGAUGGCAGUGAUCUGUCUAGCCAUGGAAGAUUCCCAGCUACCGUUGGUCCGGUCGGCAAGUGGUGCAUGCGACGCAUGUUCAAGGUUGGAAGACCACUUCGAGAAGAAGAGUCUUGCCAACAAGCUGUUCUUGCGCCGUCGCUUCUUCACGACAAUGAUGGAAGAAGGCGACGAUGUGCUCGAACACAUCAACAAGCUCAAGACGCUGGCGGAACAGCUAGAAGCGGUGGUGGCUCCAGUCUGCGAGGACGAUCUGGUGAUCACACUUCUCGGCGGCCUGAGUGACUCGUAUCAAUUCUUGAUCACAGCUUUGGAGUCGCGCUCAGACACUCUUAGCUGGGAGCUCGUGACGUCUCGACUGCUUCAUGAAGAAAUGAAGCGGAAGGAGCAAGGAAGUAAAGGUGAUGAAGCUUCGCAAGGUCAAGCGUUCAUCACAAGGGACAAUCAGCGCAAAGGGCGACCAGUGAAGAAGUCCUGGCCGUGCCACAAUUGCGGAAAGAUUGGUCACUGGAUGGCGGAGUGCCCCUCGCGCAUCCAAGAAAACACGGAGAGACACCGGCCACAGCGCGCUCAAGACAGUGGCGACCGUUAUCGAUCACAACGUGCAAAUGUCGCUCAAGAAAAAGAAUCGGACGACUACCUCUUCUCGAUCGGUGAAACGACAUCUGCGAAAUCAAGCGACAUCUGGCUGGUCGACUCCGGGGCGACGCAGCACAUGACGUGCUCCAAGAAGUUCAUGCGGAACUACAAGGUGUUUGACGCUGUGGAUGUCCAUCUCGCGGAUGAUGGAACCGUCCAAGCAGUCGGCAGUGGGGACAUUGUCAUGUCGAUGAAGACACCCCAAGGGAUGAAGAAAGGUGUGCUCACAAACGUGUGGCACAUCCCAAAGUCAUCCAGAAACCUGUUCUCGGUCGGCCGCUUCACCAAGGAUGUCGGCCCAGUGACGUUCACGAAGGAUGGGUGCUAUGGAGAAGCGAAAGGGACCAAGUGGAAAAUUGGUGCCCGUGAAGGUAAAGGACUGUUCAAGCUGCAAAUGACUCCAGUGGCGCCGGAACAAGCAAAUGCAGCCAAGUCGUCGGGAUGUCAAGGGGGCACCAAGUCGUACCUCUGGCACCUUCGGCUUGGACACAUAGGUCACGAUGGACUCAAUUGCAUCGUGACGAAGAACAUUGGAAUUGGCAUCGACAUAUCUUCGGUGAAGAAGUGGGACGUGUGUGAAGGUUGUGCUCUGGGAAAACAGACUCGAGUGCGCUUCCAAUCAAACACUACAGCUCGCACCUCCAAACUCCUCGAAGUGAUUCACAGCGACGUAUGCGGACCGAUGUCGAUGGCAACUUUCAGUGGAAAACGGUACUUCGUGACAUUCAUCGAUGACAAGUCAAGAUACUGUGUCGUCUAUCUGCUCAAGAGCAAAUCUGAAGUUGCGGCGAAGUUCAUGGAAUACGCUGCGAUGGCCGAAACGCAAACCGGAAAGCGCGUGAAGUACCUUCAAAGCGACAAUGGGGGUGAAUACAAGUCCGACAAGCUGGCACGAUUCUGCGCGGAACGGGGAAUACAACAAAGGUUCACACCCCCAUAUACUCCUCAGCCAAACGGAGUAGCUGAGAGAAUGAAUCGCACGCUGGUCGAGUGUGCGCGUUGCAUGAUGGAACACGCUGGACUGGGAAAGAGCUACUGGGGUGAAGCAGUGAUGACGGCGAUGUUUCUUCGAAACCGCUGUCCAACACGUGCCAUUCACCAAGACAAGUCUCCAUAUCAAGUGUGGACGAUGAAGAAACCGAUUCUGGCCAACCUUAAAGUGUUUGGAUGCCACGCGUAUGUUCAAGUGCCUCAAGACAAACGCGCGAAAAGUCAUAUCGAUUUGAGGAAGUGUCAACAGGAGCGAUCAAGCAUCAGUCGCGAUGCCACAUUCAUGGAAGACAAGUUUGAUGAAGGUCCGCGCAACUACAACGAUGAGUCAAGUGCCGUUGAGUUUGAUGAUCAAGACGAGGACGAAGAAAAAGAAGAAGGUAAAACUGACGACGACAUGGACUCGAGCGACGAUGACAACGAAGACACCAGGUCUUCGAAGAGCAACAUCAAGAGACACACGCGCACUCAAUCACUUGAGAAAGCUACCGUCAUUCCAAGUCCCAAGCGAAGAACGUACAGAGGUCCGUCGCUUGAGCAUGUGUCAGCGGCUGCAAUGGAUUUUGAAGCAGCCUACAUCGUUGAUUCAGUGGGGGAAACGCCGACUACAUUCAAGUCGGCGAUGGAAUCAAGCGACUCCGGCAAGUGGAAAGAAGCGUGUGACUCGGAGUUCGACUCGCUUCAGAGAAACGACACGUGGGAAAUCGUGCCUCUUCCGAAAGGUCGCAAGGCCAUCGGGUGCCGAUGGGUUUUUCGUGUAAAGGAGAAUCAAGAUGGCGAAGUUGAACGUUUCAAGGCAAGACUUGUGGCCAAACGAUUCUCACAGAAAUUCGGAGUUGACUGUGAAGAAACUUUCGCACAGGUGGCCAAGUUCACAUCGAUUCGUGUGGUGCUCAGUAUGGCGGCCAAGUACGGCCUAAUGCUACAUCAGAUGGACGUCAAGACAGCGUUUCUUAACGGCUCCCUCAACGAAGACAUCUACAUGGACCAGCCGGACGGAUACCUGGAUGCAACACAGCCGGACUAUGUGUGCAAGCUAAAGAGAUCACUCUACGGCUUGAAGCAAUCGCCUCGCAUGUGGAACCAAACAAUCGAUGGGUUCAUGAUCAAGAUGGGAUUCAAGAAGUGCGAAUCGGACCACUGCAUCUACAUCAAGCGAGACGACCAAGACAUGAUUCUCGUGGUGCUCUACGUCGAUGAUCUCAUCCUGGCCAGCAGCAACAACGAACUCCUCAAGUCGACCAAGAUGGCGCUGAGCAAACGCUUCGAAAUGACGGAUCUCGGUGAGCUCGAUUACUUUCUUGGCAUGGAGAUCAAGAACGACCGUAAGACGGGAAUGGUGACUGUGCAACAAACCAUGUUUCUCAAGUCCGUGUUGACCAAGUUCGGAAUGGAUAACAGCAAGCCAGUGAAGACGCCUCAAGAUCCCGGCCUGAAGCUAACCAAGAACAUGUGUGAACAAGAAUGCAAGCACGAAGACACCAUGUGCAACGUGCCAUAUCGAAGUGCUGUCGGAGGCAUCAUGUAUCUCAUGGUCGCCACACGUCCGGAUCUAGCUGCUGCAGUGGGAUCAUUAUCCCAGUUCUCGUCCGACCCAUGCCCGACUCACUGGCAAGCUUUGAAGCGUGUGCUGAGAUACCUGCAAGCAACGCCCAAUCAUGGUCUUGAGUUUACACGUGAAGAAGGAAGCCGUAUCUGCGGGUACACCGACGCAGACUGGGCCGGCGACAUUGAGUCAAGACGAAGUACAAGCGGCUAUGUGUUCAUGAUGAACGGAGGAUGCAUCAGCUGGAAAAGCCAGAAACAACGGACGGUCGCGCUAUCUUCAACAGAAGCAGAAUACAUGGCGCUUUCCGAAGCAACCAAAGAAGCAGUAUGGCUCAAGGUGCUUUUGGGGGAACUUGGUGAGAUGACAAGCGACGAAGCGAUCAAGAUGUAUGAAGACAACCAAGGAUCAAUCGCUCUCGCCAAGAACCCGGAGUUCCAUAAGAGAACAAAACACAUCGACAUACGCUAUCAUUUUGUGCGUGAGAAGGUGGAAUCAGGUGAAGUCGUUUUGGAGUAUUGCCCGACUCAAGAUAUGCUGGCAGACAUGAUGACCAAGCCGAUCGCCGCUGUACAAUUUGAAAACAUUCGCGAUCGACUUGGGAUCCAAGGUGCCGCAGCUAACGAGUCGAGAGGGAGUGUUGAAAAGACAGCGGCUGUGAAGAAGACACCUCGUCAAGCUGCGUCAAGUGUUGAAGCAAGUGGAAGACCAAGCUUCGCUAUACCGGUGGGUACCGGUAUGUACCAGUAA